AAGCAAAACUAUGAUGAUGAUCGGAGAAGGUAACCAUCACAAUCCCACUGUUCAUGUUCCUCCAUGGACUCUAUUUGAUGAUUCUUCCACAGGUAUGAACUUCUCUCUCCCUGUAAGUGGUAUCUCUUCAAAUGGUUGUGGUGGCGGUGCUGGUGUUGGCGGCGCCGCCUCUGAAGGAGACUACUCUUCUUACCCGUAUGGUGAAGCGUUAGCGGCUCUGCAACGCUACCUACCGUCAAACGAUAUUGAUGUCGAUUCUGAUUCACCGGGCCGUGAGGCCGAUAUGCCGGUGGGACCAUUCUCUACGGAUGAAUUUCGCAUCUAUGAGUUCAAAGUGCGACGGUGUGCACGAGGCCGUUCUCAUGACUGGACUGAGUGUCCGUACGCUCAUCCCGGUGAAAAAGCACGUCGUAGAGACCCAUGUAAGUUCCAUUACUCUGGCACUGCUUGUCCUGAUUUUCGUAAAGGGAACUGCAAGAGGGGUGAUUCCUGUGAGUUUGCACAUGGGGUGUUUGAGUGUUGGCUUCACCCGGCUCGUUAUCGUACCCAGCCUUGCAAGGAUGGGACUAAUUGUCGUCGUCGUGUUUGCUUCUUUGCUCACACUCCUGAGCAGCUUCGAGUGUUGCCGCAGCAGAACCUUAGAAUCCCUGUUUCGUCUGAUUCGUUCGAUGUAUCCCCUCUCCGUCAUUCUUUUGAUUCUUACUUGACUAAGAAUCCUCUGUUAUCAUCACCAACUUCAACCCUGAUAUCGCCUCCCCUGUCACCUCCAUCCGAGUCACCACCCUUGUCGCCAAGCUGUCCUCUAACUCGAUCUAUCGGGUCCAACGGUAUCAACGAGGUGGUUGCGUCUCUGCGUCAUCUGCAACUUAACAAGAUCAAGUCGGCUCCUUCCACUUGGGGUGUGCAGAUGGGUUGUGGGUUUGGUUCGCCGAGGGGUUCGACCCUUCGUCCGGGGUUCUAUAGUUUGCCUACGACCCCGACUCAAGCCCCAUCAACUCGGGGUGGGAAGACUUAUCUAGAUAUCUGGGAGAGGGGUUGUACUGUGGAAGAAGAGCCCCCAAUGGAGAGGGUAGAGUCAGGGAGGGAUUUACGUGCCAAGCUGUUUGAGAAGCUGAGUAAGGAAAACUCACUUGAGCAAGUUGAUACACCUUCUCCGGCGCCCGAUGUUGGCUGGGUGUCUGAACUGCUGAAGUAAAAAUUGAUGAAGGGGUUGUGAAAAUUCUUUACCUUUUUUGUUGGUCUAUUUUGGGUUCAGUCUAUUGCCCUGAUUUUCCUGAUUGUGAAUAUAUAAGAAAGAUGAAGAAUUGGAGUAGCAGUGCUGAAAGAUUGAUGUAAAUAGCUGAUGCUAGUUGCUGAGAAGGGCAUCUUUUUGGUGGGUUUUCUGUGAAGAUCAAGGAGAAGGAACAAAGAAGCAAUGCCAACUUGUAUAGAGGAAGCUCAAUUUCGUUAUAUGCCGAAGAUCGGCUGCAAAAUUAUGGAUCUUUUAAUUUUUUUUUUUAGUCUGUUCUACAUUGCUAAUUCUGAU